CACCCGCUGCUCUGUCUGUGAGGAAGCAGUGCUGCCGGGAUUCAACGGACGUUGUCUCUUCUUCUCUCUCAAGACGACGAAGGGGCGGACACGACACAUUUCCCUGUAGUCAAGCUAGCGGCGCAUUUCGACAACAAAUCAACCAAAACAACCGCGCAGCUUUUGCACAACUGCAUGCUCGCCACAGUCCAGUUGUGGUAAUUUGGUGCGGGUGGAAGUUUGACAUUACAAAUCACGGAAGCUGCGGGUGCCCAGGUCUACCUGACGAGUAUGAGCCAGACUGCAGAACCCUCUAACGAUGGUCCCGUUGUUACAGAAGAAGCCAAGCUGACAGCAGUGGAGAAAAAAGACAAGAAGGCGGAAGAUGUGGCAGAAGAAGAGGAAGAGGAAGAAGAGUAUGUGGUGGAAAAGGUCCUUAACCGUCGAGUGGUAAAAGGGAGGGUGGAAUAUCUGCUCAAGUGGAAAGGCUUCUCUGAGGAAGACAAUACAUGGGAGCCAGAGGACAACUUGGAUUGUCCAGAUUUGAUAGCAGAGUUUUUGCAGUCCCAGAAAGCAGCGCAUGAUGGAAAACGGAAGGCUGCAGGAGAUGCAGAAGGAGAUGACAGUAAAUCAAAGAAGAAGAAAGACGAUACUGAGAAGCUGAGGGGCUUUGCUCGCGGCCUGGAGCCAGAGAGGAUCAUCGGAGCCACAGAUUCCACAGGAGAACUCAUGUUCCUCAUGAAAUGGAAAAAUUCAGAUGAAGCCGACCUGGUGCCGGCUAAAGAGGCCAACGUCAAGUGUCCGCAAGUGGUCAUCUCCUUCUACGAAGAGAGACUCACCUGGCACUCGUAUCCCUCUGAAGACGAGAAGAAGGAUGACAAAAACUAGAAAAGAGAGCUAGUUUGGAUUGAACUUGAUUGUACUUUAAAGGUGGGCUUCUGGAGGGGCUGCAGACCAGCAGGACAUCAUUGGACUCAUAUUGGUGCUUUACCAUUCAUUCCAUUCUUUUUUGUGGAUAUGAUCUUAAAAAAAUGUAUGCUUCAAGUGUGUGCAGCAACAGCUCAAGCAGUGUUAGUUUCCUGCAUCCAUUCCAGUCCAGUUGUUUUUGAAACGGUUGCUCUCCUCGUGCAUGCUUACAGGUUUACAGGUCGCAGCUUUGCUGUCAUUUUUGUCGUGAUGCCAGCCAGUGGAGUUACCGUUUUUAUUUCCCGUCAAAUUUAAACUUCACAAGAUAAAAGAUUCCUCUCUGUGCAUUUCCUUUUAGAAAACACGACUAUUUACCGCCCCAAUGUUACAUGUAUGACGAGGUGAAAAACUGGGCCUUUUUCUACUUGACUGUAAAGUGUGAAGUGCACCAGUUAAAGCCAGAUUGAAAUUUCAAUUCAUUAACAAUUUUGUAAAAAAAAAAGAAAAAAAAGUCAAACAUUUAAGAACAAAAAAAGAAAACCAAUGUUUUGAAAUCACAAUAUUUCAAAGUUAUUAAAAAAGUAAAUGAAUACUUACUGGCCUUUAAGUGACCUUUUUAUGUCUUUCAGAGUGUGCUAACAUUUAAUUUCAUUGAUGUUUUUGUUGUUUCAUUAGGAAUUGUUAGAUUUACAAACCAGUCUGUGGUUCAUCUGUUCAGUGGAAUCUUUGUAGUGUUUUUCUUCAUGUCUUGCUUCUCACUUUUCAAAAAUUAAACAAUGUUUUGUUAUAAAA